AUGGUUGACAACGUAACUCCCUACCUCGAGCCGGUAGUGCCUUCCUGCUGGCUUCCCGUCCUCCAUGCGAGGUCCUUGCAGAGGCUCUCAAGAGCCAUCGGUGGGUCUGUGCCCACCGAAGACAUGUUCAUCGACGAAGAUGGCUUGUUGAGUUGGAAGGGACGUCGGGGAAACUUCGUCCAAACCCAGGCCAGCCUGAUAGUCAGGCUGGUCCUGGCUCGCACUGGCGAGGAGGGAGGCGAGGCGGAGCAUGUGAGCCUCGAUGUCAUCUUCCGCCAAGGGAACAGGAGGCUAUUCGAGGCCUCGCUCCAAGGUAUCCGUCCUGCCGAGAUGACCAUUGGUCGUGAUCUCCUUCCCGUGUGGCCUUCCCUCGGCCUGGUCGUCUUGCCGCCUAUUCCUACCCCCCCUCGCGUCAUUGAGUGGCUUGACGACGUCGUUCACUACCAUGGCGGAGAGCUUGUGGUACUUGGGGCUAUUGUCGUCCAACUUGGCUGCCUGAUUUUUCAGAUUUGA